CUCUCACGACUUCACCAACACAUAUUUCUCUCUUUUCUCUCCCAAUCUCCUUUUGCCAUUUGGAAUUAAAAUUCAUUCAAGUGCUUCAUUUCAUUACUUUCUUCAGAGAUGGCAGACAGUACACGAGAGUCGCAGCCUCUUUUAAACCCCAACGGUACCCAAAACAGGGACCGCUCAAGAUUGCGCAAAGUCCUUCCUUACGCGUUGGUUGCAUUGCUCUUCAUUGGUAUCAGUACCAUCCUCUUGAUCGUCCUUGUCAAACCACACGAGGAUGACUCUGAUUCCAAGAAAUCGCCUCUGUCGGACAAAUUGGAGACAUCUGCCAUCUUUCACCAUUUAGAAGAGUUGUAUUCGAUUGCUCAGCAGCAUAACAACUCGCGCUCAAUCACAAAUGGUUAUUUGGCCUCAGCAGAGUAUGUCCAGGCCCAGCUCAUAACCAAUGCUAAAAAGUACUGUGACGUUUCGACUCAAGAAUUCAAGGUCCCUGUUUGGUCUGAGAUCGAGGUCCCUGAAAUGAGUAGCACAGGUAUUGGGUCUGGAAAAGAAGAGAUUCGUUACCAGAACAAGGUUGAUUUUAAGAACAUGAGAUAUGGUGGCCGCUCUGCUACUCUUACAAAGCAGCAUAUUCAGGAAGUGUCUGCUCAUGGCUGCCGCGCUGAUGAUCACAGGAAAGUCAAGGACCGAGUCGCAGUGAUUGAAGAAGGCGGUCCCUGCGAGCUCUGGGAUGCUGCCCAUCUGGCCGAGAAAGCCGGCGCAUCUGCUGUUAUCUUCUAUAAUCGUCCCAACCGCACUGUCUUGCUUUACUCCCGUAUCCGCAUCACUGAAUGGAAGGAAGGUGACCCUCUGAUGUCCAUCCCUGUACUUGCAGCCACCAGAUCCCUUGGAAAAACUCUGAUCCAAAACCAGGAAACUGUUCUGCUUAACUUGAAAACCAACAACAGGUUGACUGUUGAGUCCACGAUCAAUGUCCUUUGUACUACUAAGAAGGGUGAUGAUGACGACACGAUCGUGUUGGGUGCGCAUCUGGACUCGGUCCCUGAAGGUCCUGGUAUGGUCGACAAUGGAUCUGGCGCAAGCUCAUUACUUGAGAUUGCAUUGGUUCUAGCUAAAGCUGAUUAUGAUUUGGAGAACAAGAUCGUCUUUUCAUGGUGGGGUGCUGAGGAGAUUGGAUUACUGGGUUCAAGACACUAUGUUCGAGAGCUGAGCAAGGACUCCAAGAGAAAGGCUAAAGUUGCUAUGAACAUGAACUUUGACAUGUUGGCCAGUCCCAACUACGUUCCAUAUAUUCACGAUGGAAAGACGGCUCCCAAAGGACUAGUUGAGCCAUCUGCCAAGAUUGACCACUUGUUUAUCGAGUAUUUUGAUUACAAGAAGGAGCCGUAUGAAUACACGGAUAUGGUAGCAGGCAGUGAUUUCUUGCCCUUCCUCUUGGGAGGUAUCCCUUCCGGCGGUAUUCUCACAGGGGCAGGCGAGAAAAAAUCGAUGGAGCAACGCAAGCUUUUCGGCGGGUUCGCUAAUGCGCCCCUCGAUCCUUGUUACCAUCAGAGCUGUGACACGUUGGAAAACGUGAGCAAGCGAGCAUUGAAACAGAUGUCGCAAGCUGCGCUCUAUGCUAUCACCAGAGUGGGCAAGGCCGAUAAUCUUCGUGAAUGGCUGACGGACCCCAAGGUCGAGCUGAAGUAAAAGACAUUUUCGUUGAUUUUAUUGUACAUAGUGUGCAUAAAAAUGCAUCUGUAGUGUGUUUGACCAAGAUCCUGGAGUCAAUCCUUGCAGGAUCAUUGGAAGACGCGCUUGCGAAGGAGAAAUACAAAUAAAGAGUUUAGCGAAAUUUCAUAU